AUGGAAAAACCCAGAACAGAAGAUGGGAUGUAUUAUGCUCUUUCAGAGGAUAAACCAAUAGGUGCACCCUCAACAUCAACAUCAACAUCACAGGUUGAUUCUUAUGAUAGAGAGUCCAAGAAUACGAUUAUGAAUUCAGCCCGAAGUGCAAAAAGUUCGGAUCUAACCCUUCAAAUACCUCCGAGGCCUGGGGGUUUCGGGAGGAGCUUUAGCAGCAAAGGUUUACUCCAGUCUCCAAGUGUCUUAAAUGGGAAUUCUUCAAGUGGAGGCUUUCUUCGGGCUCUAAGCUUUAAGAAAAGGGUCACUGCAUCAGAUGGUGAAAGAAGCUCUCUCCUUAGUUCAGAUCCAAAGGCUGAAAGCCCGGUUUUUGCCAAUCUCAUGCCUAACUUUAAUUGGAAAAGGUGUACUUCCCUUCCUGUCACUCCUGCAACGAUCCUGUCACCUCCAGUUAUUACGCCUACGUCGGCAAGGACUCUUAGUGAAAGACAAAAGUCUUCCAUAAGUGCUUCGCAGACUGUUUCGAGGUCCCUCUCAGUGCCUGGGAGGAAUUUCAUUAUUGUAAGGUCAUCAUCUUUUGCUGCUCGUGAAAAUCAUGCUCCAGAUGCUGGCAGCGAUCAAAUAACUCCUGAUCCUGCCCAUGAGGAUCAAGAGAUUCCUGAAGAAGAAGCUGUCUGCAGGAUCUGUCUCGAUACCUGUGACGAAAGAAAUACACUCAAGAUGGAAUGCAGUUGUAAAGGUGCACUCCGACUCGUACAUGAAGAUUGUGCAAUCAAAUGGUUUAGCAUCAAAGGAAACAAAUUAUGUGACGUAUGUGGAAAAGAAGUUUCAAAUUUACCGGUGACUUUGCUUAGGGUACCAAAUGCUACCCAAAGAGAUAUAAGGGAGCAGAACCAACAAGGUCUGAAUGCGAUAAGCACUUGGCAAGACUUUGUGGUGCUCGUCUUGAUAAGCACAAUUUGCUAUUUCUUCUUCCUUGAGCAGCUACUGAUUGACGAGAUGAAAAAUCAGGCACUUAUCAUUGCUGCACCGUUCUCUUUUACUAUAGCUCUUACAGCCUCUAUUUUUGCAGUUAUCUUAGCAAUUAAAGAGUACAUAUGGACUUAUGCAGCUCUUGAGUUUGCACUUGUGGCCAUGACUCUCCAUCUUCUCUAUGCAGUGCUUCAUUUACCACCUGUUUAUGCGAUCCUGCUAUCGUCUGUCUUUGGAUUUGGAGUGGCUAUGAGUCUCAACUCUUUGUAUAUUCGUUACUUUUCCUGGCGGGUUCAAGUUGCUGAAAACUCUAACCUGGGCUGGAGCGGAAGUUCAAAUCGGCUCAUUGAUGAAAAGAGACUGACUGUUUUGUUUAUGGAGAGAUCUUGCCAACAGUUGCAAUGUGAAGAUGGUAUUCAGCCGGCUAAUGGAGAUUACAUUAUUGACAAUAUAACCAGCAUUAGCGAAUCAACGGAUCCACCUGAUUCAGCUCAUUACUGUGCAAGUGAUCUUUCCGUGGAUGAUCUGAAAACAAGUUUGACUGAGUUUCUAAGCAUUGAGGAUGUGAAAAUUCAAGUUUUGGCUUCACUCCAACUCCUGAGAAAUAUGUUAUCGGCAAUGUGCCGCGUUGGGUCUGGCUCUCCAAGACAAUUUGGAAAGUGUGCGUUUUGGGCCAUUUGGCCUGCCAUGGCCGAUGCUGCACCUCAUUCUCUAGACAGGUCACGCUGA